UUUUCCCGAGCGACACUUCACUCGGAGUGAAUCAGUUUUACAGAAGUGAAAGUGUUUCUCCUUCAGCCUCGGGACCAUUUUGUUGUUGUUCGGAGAAAAUAAUAAAACUAAAGAAAAACUGCAACUCCAGGCAGAAGCGGUGAGAUGAAUGAAGCCCAGCAUGGAGUGCUGAGUAAAAGAGCGUCAUUCAUUCAACUCAUGAGUAAUUCAAGAGAUCCGCGUCUUCAGGAAUCAGCAGUGAGUCCAUGAGCUGUGUGUCCAUACACUAAUAUUCAAAAAUGGAGACCUGUGAUCUGGACACAGAUAAUGUGACCCCACCCUCAGAAAAGCGUGAACUCCAGAGAAAGAGAUCAGACUCCCCAGAACCCAGCUGUGUCUCCAUGAAGAGUGAUGCGUCUAUGGGUCCUCCUUUGGAGUUUAAAAAUAGAGACUCCUCACCUGUACACAGUGAACUCCAGAGAAAGAGAUCAGACUCUCCAGAACCCAGCUGUGUCUCCAUGAAGAGCGAUCGGUCGAUGGGUCCUCCUUUGGAGUUUAAAAAUAGAGACUCCUCACCUGUACACAGUGAACUCCAGAGAAAGAGAUCAGACUCCCCAGAACCCAGCUGUGUCUCCAUGAAGAGUGAUGCGUCUAUGGGUCCUCCUUUGGAGUUUAAAAAUAGAGACUCCUCACCUGUACACAGUGAACUCCAGAGAAAGAGAUCAGACUCCCCAGAACCCAGCUGUGUCUCCAUGAAGAGUGAUGCGUCUAUGGGUCAUCCUUUGAAGUUUAAAAAUAGAGACUCCUCACCUGUACACAGUGUUUUACAGAAGGCAGGAGACAGAAGAGAAACGAUCUUCAUCACAGAUACAGGACACGCCCCAGAAUCUCCUGCUGUAAAGGAAUUCCAGAAAAAUUUCAGAUUAAAUCUGAAGGAGAAGUUUCAGUGUUUAAAUGGAGUGAUGAUAAAGCAGGAAAACCGAGCGCUCCUGAAUGAGAUCUACACCGAGCUCUACAUCACAGAGGGAGACAGUGGAGACGUCAAUAAAGAACAUGAGGUGAGACGGAUCGAGGCAGCGUCCAGGAGAAAAACAGAGGAAACGCCAAUCAAAUGCAACGACAUCUUUAAGCCCUUAUCUGAAGAAGACGAACCCAUCAGAACUGUAGUGACAAAGGGCGUGGCUGGUAUCGGAAAAACAGUCUCUGUGCAGAAGUUCAUUGUGGACUGGGCUGAAGGGAAAGCAAAUCAGGACGUCCCCCUCAUAUUUCCACUUCCUUUCAGAGAGCUGAAUCUGAUGAAGGACCAAGAACUGAGUCUGAUGGAGCUCCUUCAUGUCUGUUUUAUGGAAACAAAAGAAACCGAAAUGUCCAGGUUGGAAAAGGUUCUGUUCAUUUUUGAUGGAUUGGACGAGUGUCGUUUCCCUCUGGAUUUCCAGAACACAGUGAGAGUGUGUGAUGUAACCGAAUCAGCAUCAGUGCGUGUGCUGCUGAUAAACCUGAUCAAAGGGGAUCUGCUUCCCUCUGCUCUCAUCUGGAUCACCUCCCGACCAGCAGCAGCUGAUCAAGUCCCCUCUGAGUACGUCCAUCGAGUCACAGAGGUACGAGGGUUCAGUAACCCCCAGAAGGAGGAGUACUUCAGGAAGAGGGUCAGUGAUCGGAGCCUGGCCGAGAACAUCAUCACACACCUGAAGUCAUUAAGAAGCCUCUACAUCAUGUGUCACAUCCCAGUCUUCUGCUGGAUUUCAGCCGCUGUUCUCGAGAGAAUGUUGGGUGAAGCAGAUAGUGGAGAGAUCCCCAAGACUCUGACUCAAAUGUACACACACUUCCUCAUCAUUCAGACAAACGUCAUCAGAGAAAAAUACUCAAAGAAGGAGGAGAGUGAUGAAGAAAUGCUGCUGAAACUGGGAAAACUGGCUUUUGAGCAGCUGGAGAAAGGCAACCUGAUCUUCUAUGAGGAAGACCUGCGAGGGUGUGGCAUUGAUGUGACAGAAGCAGCAGUGUACUCAGGUGUGUGUACACAGAUCUUCAGAGAGGAGCCUGGGCUUCACCAGAGUAAAGUGUACUGCUUUGUUCAUCUGAGCAUUCAGGAACAUCUCGCAGCUCUGUAUGUGCAUCUGACCUUCAUGAAGGAAAAGAGAAUUGUUCUUGAUCAGGAUAAUUCCUCUACAAGAAAAAUGUAUAAAAAAAUAAGAAAUGUUCUUGAUCAGAGUCGGUCCUUUCAGACAAUUUCAGAUGUACACAGGAGUGCUGUAGAUCAGAUGUUAAAAUCUGAGACUGGACAUCUGGAUCUGUUCCUCCGCUUUCUUCUGGGUCUCUCACUGGAGUCCAAUCAGAAACUCUUACAUGCCUUAGUAACACAGACAGGAAGUAGCUCCCUGAGCAAAAAGGAAACAGUUCAGUACAUUAAGAAGAAGAUCAGUGAAGAUCUUCCUGCAGAAAAAUCCAUCAAUCUGUUCCACUGUCUGAAUGAACUGGGUGAUGAUUCUCUCGUGGAGGAAAUCCAACGCUACCUAAAAUCUGGGAAACAAAGUAAACUCUCUCCUUCACGGUGGUCUGCUCUGGCAUUUGUGUUACUGACUUCAGCACAGGAGCUAGAGGAGUUUGACCUGAGGAAAUAUACCAGUACAGAGAAGAUAACCCAUGAAGUUUUUGUGAAGGUGAUGCCUGUGAUUGCAGCAUCCAGAAAAGCAGUGUUGUGGGGUUGUGGUGUCUCAGAUGAAAGCUGUGCUGCUCUGAGUUCAGCUCUGAGAUUAAACCCCUCACACCUGAGACACCUGGAUCUGUCCUCUAAUAAACUCGGAGACUCAGGACUGAAGCGUCUCUGUGCUGGACUGGAGAAUCCUCACUGUAAACUGGAGACACUGUGGUUGUAUAAUUGUGGUGUCUCAGAUGAAGGCUGUGCUGCUCUGAGUUCAGCUCUGAGAUCAAACCCCUCACACUUGAGAGACCUGGAUCUGAACUCUAAUAAACUCGGAGACUCAGGAGUGAAGCGUCUCUGUGCUGGACUGGAGAAUCCUCACUGUAAACUGGAGACACUGGGGUUGGGUGGUUGUGGUGUCUCAGAUGAAGGCUGUGCUGCUCUGAGUUCAGCUCUGAGAUCAAACCCCUCACACCUGAGACACCUGAAUCUGUCCUCUAAUAAACUGGGAGACUCAGGAGUGAAGCGUCUCUGUGCUGGACUGGAGAAUCCUCACUGUAAACUGGAGACACUGGGGUUGUGGGAUUGUGGUGUCUCAGAUGAAGGCUGUGCUGCUCUGAGUUCAGCUCUGAGAUCAAACCCCUCACACCUGAGAGACCUGGAUCUGUCCUCUAAUAAACUGGGAGACUCAGGAGUGAAGCGUCUCUGUGCUGGACUGGAGAAUCCUCACUGUAAACUGGAGACACUGUGGUUGCGUGGUUGUGGUGUCUCAGAUGAAGGCUGUGCUGCUCUGAGUUCAGCUCUGAGAUCAAACCCCUCACACCUGAGAGACCUGGCUCUGUCCUCUAAUAAACUCAGAGACUCAGGAGUGAAGCGUCUCUGUGCUGGACUGGAGAAUCCUCACUGUAAACUGGAGAAACUGAGGUUGCGUGGUUGUGGUGUCUCAGAUGAAGGCUGUGCUGCUCUGAGUUCAGCUCUGAGAUCAAACCCCUCACACCUGAGAGACCUGAAUCUGUCCCGUAAUAAACUCGGAGACUCAGGAGUGAAGCGUCUCUGUGCUGGACUGGAGAAUCCUCACUGUAAACUGGAGAAACUACGGUUGUAUUAUUGUGGUGUCUCAGAUGAAGGCUGUGCUGCUCUGAGUUCAGCUCUGAGAUCAAACCCCUCACACCUGAGAGAGCUGAGUCUGUCUAAUAAUAAUAAUCUGGGAGACUCAGGAGUGAAGCGUCUCUGUGCUGGACUGGAGAAUCCUCACUGUAAACUGGAGAAACUGGGGUUGUGUGAUUGUGAUGUCUCAGAUGAAGGCUGUGCUGCUCUCGCUUCAGCUCUGAGAUCAAACCCCUCACAGCUGAGAGACCUGAAUCUGCUUGGAAAUGAAAUAAGCGACUCAGGAGAGAAGCUGCUCUCUGCUCUUCAGAAUGAUGAACAUUACAAACUACAAACACUGAGGUUGUAAUGAACAUCUGUGUGUGAGAUGAGGACUCUGGUGUUCCUGCAUUUCCAUAUUGGGGAACAGACAACACAUUCAUAAACACAUCAGUCAUUUAGUUCUAACAAAUGAAAGAGACUCGGAGACGUGGUCAGUGUGUGUUCAUGGUGCACAGUGAAUCAGACUGCACACAAUUCUACACUGAAUGUGGAACAACUUGUGAUCUGCAUGAAACUGCCUGGACCUCAGUCCCUUAAAAACCCUGAAAGAGCAGGUGGAAAAGCACAGGGACUCGAUCUGAACCCAGUCUGUGGAAGAGGGAGCUGAAAUGGACAGGAACAGUUUCAGGACAUGGGUGGGAUUCUCACCUCACAGGAUCGGCAUUUGGGGAGUUAAUCUGAGGCCCCGAGGAGACUCACGACAAGACACAUUUAUCACUUUGUCCUUUGGUUGGUGUUUAAUGUAGUUUAGAUCUUUUUGUAACAGGAUCAGACCAAAUCUGUUCAUUUACUCUGAUAUCAGACGAUCGAACCUGAUAUGGGAUCAGUGCCAUCCCUUUUACUGAAGUAUACACUACUUACAAUCUAUUGUAUAAUUGUAUCAGUCAUAUACAAUUUGAAGAACUGAAUAUGUCCAGUGUAAUUAUUUGUGUUGUAUCAAAUUAGUUUAUUGAUUUAAAAUGAAAUUUUUUCACACACACAAAACAAUCAACAGUUACUGAAAAUAAACUCAUG